GACUACCCUCUGAAGACUUCUGUACUCGCGAUCGUAUUACUAGAUUAUUACGAUAUUUCGUGUGACAAUUUAAUUUAGUACAUCAUAUUAUAACAGAGUGACAAGAGUGUAUGUUUUAGAACAAGUAUAAUGAGAAUGGAUAGGAUAUUAAGAAAAAUGAAUGUAAUGUGGCGAUGACAAGUCUGAUUUUGGAAAACGCAGAUUUGAACCGACUUUUCCCAAAAUGUCGGCCUAGGGGUGGUCCACCCCCGAGUCCGGGGGUCUCUACACAGAUUAAUCAGCCGCAUGAGAGCCUCUGUCAAAAAGAGGCCGUUUCUAUUACCACCAGCUUCACAAAUAUUUCUGCGACGACAUUCACAAACACUCUUACGAUUACUACCCUUGCAAUUGCUUCCAAGAACACACUUUCAAAGCAUUCACGUUCGAUAUCUGAAGACAUGAUCGACCUCGAGCGUGAUAUCUCCGAUAGGACAACGAGUAUGGUAUCUGGUUUUACAGGUGAAAGUCAACUAACUGUUGGUGUCAGUGGUAAUACAAGCAAUGUUGGUGGUCCACUUGGAACAUUUAACUCACUUGGUACAUUUAACAUAAAACCACUUUCUUCAAGUUCCUCAUCUACCUCUGGACGUAGUGAGGAUGCGCAACAAUAUGGAAGUCUCCCAGGUAGUGAUCAUCAGAGUCACUCUCAGCAAGAUGAUAGUGGACCUGAGGAAAGCCCUGUAUACAUUUUAACUUCUGCUAAAGGUGAUCGCAGUUAUAAAUUAAGAGAUUCCAGAAUUAUAGAAAUUGCUGGUGGACGAGAAGUUUUUUCUCAAAGUCGAGGUAAAGUAGCAGCUAGAAAAUCACGAUUUCUUGCAGCAUCAAAUUCUUUAAAUAAUGAAGAUAUUCAAAUAGACAACAAGCUAUCAGUUAAAAGAAAUAAUAAAUCUCCAAAUACUCAAACUGUAUGGGAGUUAAGAAGCCGAUGUGGUGAUACAAGAAAACAGCGUUCUAAUAGAGAAGUUACAGAAACUGUAUUUUCUUCAGAAAUACAUUCAGUGCGACAUAAAGCAAAAUCUAUUGAUUAUGAUUCCCCUAAAAGCAAUCAGAGCAAUCGUAUUAUUAAUUAUGACUCAAUUUUGAAUAGCAAUAAUGUAGAAUAUGAUGUGUCAAAAAAUACUGCAGAUUUAGAUUAUGGAUUGCCAAAAAGCUGCAUAGAUUAUCAAUCAAAUCAUACUACACCAGCAAGAAGCAUGGCUAUUGUUAGUGAUGGUGAAGUAGUUGUUUUUGAUGAUAUUGAUGAUAAUUGGCAAAAUUUACCACUAGAUUUAACUAAUAACACUAAUCAAGUUACAUCAACUAAUUUAAAUCUUGAGACUGAAGGAUCUCAAAAAGGUUGCAUUCCUCCAGAACCUUCUAGCAUUGAAAGUACUCCAAGUCCAACAACAGCGUAUCAUCGUAAUACUUCGGAAUUUUUUAAGGUGAUUCCAGCUAGUGAUUGUGAAGUAGAAUCAUCAUCUUCAGAACGAAAUCAUAAAGUUACAAGAGUAAUUGGUGAAUUACCAAUAGCACAAUAUUCUGAAAGUCCAAGACGUUAUGGAAUACGUGAUACUCAACUUCCAUGUCUUCUGUCAUCACCAUCUGUAUAUAUGACACCAAGACCUGGCUUUCCACAGAGAAUAUUACCAACAACACCAAAUCAUAAUGAGAAGGAACAUACUUCUGCAGAAAUCAUCGUAGAAAAGGCUGUGGUAGAAACAAAUAUGAAUUAUUCUGAUAAUCAUGCUGUAAAUGCCUCUUUUCCAUCUCCAAAAAUUGAAGAUGAAGAAGAAGACUCUUUAAAACCAUCAAUUAUUUCAACAGAUAACAUAAGUAAUUUAGUAUCAUCAUCAGGUGGUAGUACAUUUGAUUAUUUAUAUGAAUUCUCAGAAACUCGAAAAGUACUCGAAGAAUUUUUUAAAUGUCCACCACCAACAAAGGAAAAGGAAAAUAGUAUUGAAUCUUUUCCAUUUCAGGAUCUAGAUUACGAAUUACGAAGACAAGGAGGAAGCGCUUAUGUUGGUCAACGAUUGGCUACUGGUCCACCAACAAUAGAAGAAGUUUUAGUACAUGAAUCUCCUAAAAAACAAAGAUCAGAUUUUCCCCAAAAUAUUGCUGAACAUGAAAAUAAUUUCUUAGAUCUCUCAGUAGGCACUGGUAGUAGUGAAGAUCUCGGAGAAACAGAGGUUGGACUACAAGUUGGGCACUCUCGCAAUUUUACAUUGAGUCCUGAAACAACUGAUUGCGAUAGUAAUUGUGGAGAUCUUGAUAGUGAAGUUUCUUUAAUGAUGAUGGAUAAUGAAUUGAUACCAGCUAGUGGUCUUCUUGGAUCAGUGGGUGAUUUAGGAAAUAAUUCAGAUUCAUUGAGAAUAUAUGCUAGUAUGCCAGUUCUUGAAGAUGGCUUAUCUAGUGGACAUGCCAGUGAUACUGAUAAUAAUAAUCCAACUGUGAUGUUGAUGAAGCGGCAAAUUAAUGAAAUUGAAAAAGAAAUUAUUCAACGUAGUCGUGUCAAUGAUACUACUUAUCCAGUCACAACAGAAAAUGAUUCAAUUGGAAAAGAUCUUUCUAGCUUAACUGUUAGUAAAGAUAUUUUACAUUCUUUAAAAACUUCAUCACCUGAUUUAUUUGUUCCUAAAAAAGAAAAUUCAUAUGAUACAAAUGAGCUUCAGCUUGAUGGUUUAGAUCCUCUUGGCACGCCUCCACCACCAGCACCUCAGGCUAGACAAAGUGUUAAUCUGGAAAUAGGAGGUGAAGUUGAAGCUGCAAUUAAAGACAUUAGAAUGACUUUACAGAGAACUAAGACUUUACCUGUGAAAUCUUCUACAGAAGAAAUACCUGAAUCCAAUGUCAGUCCAAUUUGGAUACCAAGUCUAUCGGAUGGCAGACGGAGAAUUUGUGUAGAAAAUAAUAAUGAAGAAUCGGAAAUUCGUCGUACGACUGAAGAAGCAGAUAUAGAAAUUGAGGAAGGUCCAGAUGAAGAAGAAGCAGAUACUGACCUGGAAACUGAUCGUUUACUCGGACAGCAAAGAACGGACGAUCAGGGUUUUUAUGAUGAUAAGGGGUGGAGGAAGCCUAAAACUAGGACAAUGUUACCACCGAUGAGUGGAAAACUGUCAACUCCUAAGCAAACCCCCCCAAAAAGUCUAAGUGUCGUUCCAGUAGAGAGCUCAUUAAUACCUUCGGAACCGUUAGCUUCGACUUCCACUUGUGUAUCCACUUCCGCUUCUGCUUCUAUUUCACCUCCUCCUAUAGUUUCCGUUAUACAAUCAACGCCUUCUGAUUGUGAUGUUAUCACUUCCACACAAUCUGCGACAAGUCCACAGAAGACUACAGCCAAAAAUUCUCCCUCGUCCCCUCAGAGUCUCAAGGAAUCCAGCAACAAGGUGAAAAAGGAAAAAGAAGAGAAGAAGAAAAGCAGAAAUAAGGAAGCUCUUCUCAACGAUUCUUCAGUCUUAAUUGAAGGAGUGUUGUUUCGAGCGCGAUACCUGGGAUCUACUCAACUUGUUUGUGAAGGAGAGCCCACCAAAUCUACACGUAUGUGCCAAGCAGAAGAAGCUGUAUCUAGAAUAAAGGCAUUGGCACCGGAUGGCGAAACACAACCAAGUACAGAAGUUGACUUAUUCAUCUCAACAGAAAAAAUAAUGGUUUUAAAUACGGAUUUGAAAGAAAUCAUGAUGGACCACGCAUUAAGAACAAUAUCAUAUAUAGCAGAUAUUGGCGAUGUAGUAGUCCUAAUGGCACGAAGACGUUUUGUACCGCACGAAAUGGAAGAAGCACCAAAAAUCAACAGAACUCCAAAAAUGAUUUGUCACGUGUUUGAAAGUGAAGAGGCUCGAUUCAUUGCACAAAGUAUUGGACAAGCAUUUCAAGUAGCAUACAUGGAAUUCCUUAAAGCGAAUGGAAUAGAAGAUCAUAGUUUUGUAAAAGAAAUGGAUUAUCAGGAGGUACUCAAUUCUCAAGAAAUCUUUGGUGAUGAACUACAAAUGUUUGCCAAAAAAGAAAUGCAAAAAGAGGUUGUAGUACCUAAGGCAAAAGGUGAAAUUUUAGGUGUGGUAAUUGUCGAAUCUGGAUGGGGUUCUAUGCUACCAACUGUUGUAAUUGCAAAUCUGGCACCAGCUGGUGCGGCUGCUCGUUGUGGACAAUUAAAUAUUGGUGAUCAGAUAAUAGCUAUAAAUGGUGUUUCGUUAGUUGGCUUGCCUCUCUCUACUUGUCAAACUUACAUCAAAAACUCAAAGAAUCAGACAGUUGUCAAGUUAACUGUCGUUCCGUGCGCACCAGUAGUUGAAGUCAAAAUCAAAAGACCUGACACCAAAUAUCAGUUAGGAUUUAGUGUACAAAACGGAGUAAUAUGUAGUCUAUUGAGAGGUGGAAUCGCUGAAAGAGGAGGUGUUCGAGUGGGUCACAGAAUUAUUGAAAUCAACAAUCAAAGUGUUGUUGCUGUACCGCAUGAGAAAAUCGUCAAUCUUCUUGCCACAUCUGUUGGUGAGAUAUUAAUGAAGACGAUGCCCACGUCGAUGUUUAGGCUACUAACUGGCCAGGAAUCUCCAGUGUACAUAUAAUCGUUUGAUUUCCUGGCUGAUAUGCGUAGUGAACAGACAAUACAUCCGCCAUACACUACCAUAUUACUCACUAUUUUAUUCUCUGUACAGAUUUACUCUACGCAAAUUGCUUUGUGUUUCGAUUCUUGUGAAAUUUUAUUCGCAUAUUCUCACCAGCUCCUGCUUAGCAAAGCAACAAACUUUACGUAAACAUGUUGCAAUAAAUAUUAAUAUAUUGAAUAUUUACAUAUUGCAAAAAAAUAAAAAAUAUAUCUAUAUACAUAAUAUAUACAUAAACAUUUUAUUUAUGAAUGGGAUUCUCUAUGUCUG